AUCUGAUCUCGACCAAUGGCGACGCGUUGUCCACGUGACCGCGGGCCCCUCACUGGCAUCGCCUUUAAGAUCGACUCUCGCUCCUGGCUCUCUCUCUCUCUGCUCGCAGUUUCGCAGCUGACGAAGCGAUCGAUCACAACCGCGAAGGGAAAAAAAAUGGCUGAACCUUCAUCGGCUUCCUACAUUAGAAUGGUGCAGCAUUUGAUCGAGCAAUGCCUGGUGUUCCACAUGAAUCAGGAGGAGUGCAUCGAGGCUCUCUCCAAGCACGCCAAUAUCAAGCCUGUCAUCACCUCCAUUGUUUGGAAGGAGUUGGAGAAGGAGAACAAGGAGUUCUUCCAGGCGUACAAGAAAGAGCAGGAGGAGAAGGUGCUGGAGAUGGCGGCUGAAGAGAGGACACAGAAGAUGCUCGCGGAGGCGGCGGCGGCGGCCGCCAAAGACUCGGACAAGGAUGAUGAAUAAGUUAGUCAUGAUCAUUAAGCUUGAAUUAAUCUUUUUUAGUUAAUUAAUUAGAUCAUUGUCGCUAGUUAAUCAAGUAUAUUGGAUUAGAAUUUAAUCGAGUACAUGUAGAUGAGUCGAUUCAGGGCAGGCUUAUUUUUUCAACUUGAUUCCAGUGGAUCUGAUUAAUAAACUUUGUAGUAUAUAAUUACUUAAUUAAUUAAUCAUUAAUUCA